AUGCAGUCAGGCUCCAUGUCUCUUCUGGGCUGCUCUGGGGAAUGCAGUGAUAAAUCCUACAGAACUCACUGUUAUAUGCCAGUGACUCCUUCCGUUGCACUUUGCUCCAGUGAUGUAAGCCCUACUUUUGGGCUCUGUUUACCCAGUAGCUACCAAGGAAAUCUUUGGCUUCUGGGUAACUGCCAAGAAACCUAUGCUGAAGCACCAAGCUGCGAAUCUCCUAGCUGUGAGCUCAAGAUCUGCACCACAAGUUGUGACCCGUCAAACUCCUGUGUGCCCUGCAACUCUCCAGCAGUGGGCCAAGCCUGCAGUACCUGUGAAACCGCCAACAUUGGACCUAACUCCAGCUGCAACCCAUGCACUCAGACCAAGGGGUAUGUAUCUUAUUACUACAAACUCAGCCAAAGUCCAUCUAAAGCCUGCCAGACCUUCAGCAAUGGCUUCAAGGGCUUUGGGCAACUUAACUGCUCGUCCAACCGUUUCCGUCUCCUAAACCACUGUAGAGUGGGUAGUUUGGGUUAUAGAGGCUGCCAAAAUCUUGCCUUCAUACCCAGUGGCUUCUCACCAUCAUGUUAUAUUUCCAGAAGCUGCCAAUCCCAAAACUGUUUAGUGAGAAAUUGCCGAUAUCCAAGUUAUGGACCAGUGAGCCGCCAACCGCUGAGAUAUUUUUCUAGAAACUUCCAGUCUCUGAGCUGCAUUCCAAGUACCUUUCCUCCUCUGAGGUAUUUAUGCAGUGGUUGUAGACCUCUGAGUUGUUAUUGA